CGUUGCCCCGGCCGGACACGGCGCCCGGGGCGGAGAUGGCGGACGAGCCGCAGAAGAAGCCGCACUUGUCGGCCUUGGUGGGGCACACCAACGGGCUCACCAAGCCCGCCUCGCUGGCCGCCACCGCCACCCGCGCCGCGGGAGGAGGAGGAGGCGGAGGCGCGACCGCCUCCUCCAAGAAACUCGUGAUCAAGAACUUCAGAGAAAGACCCAAAUUACCCGAGAAUUACACUCACGACACCUGGCAAAAACUUCAUGAAGCAGUGGGAGCAAUACAGAGUAGCAUUUCUAUUAAAUACAACCUCGAAGAGCUCUACCAGGCUGUUGAAAAUCUCUGCUCUUACAAAGUCUCUGCUACACUGUACAAACAGCUGCGACAAGUCUGUGAAGAACAUGUGAAAGCACAAAUCCUUCAAUUUAGAGAAGAUUCUCUGGAUAGUCUUUUAUUUUUAAAGAAGAUAAAUAAAUGCUGGCAAGAUCAUUGCAGACAAAUGAUCAUGAUCAGAAGCAUUUUUCUAUUUUUGGAUCGUACCUAUGUGCUUCAGAAUUCAAUGCUUCCUUCUAUAUGGGAUAUGGGGCUAGAGUUAUUUAGAAACCACAUCAUUAGUGACAAGCAAGUUCAGACCAAGACUAUUGAUGGAAUUCUCCUGCUGAUCGAACGAGAAAGAAAUGGUGAAGCUGUGGACAGAAGUUUGUUGCGGAGUUUGUUGAGCAUGCUGUCUGAUCUGCAGGUUUACAAGGAAUCAUUUGAACAGAGAUUUCUGGAAGAGACGAAUUGUUUAUAUGCUGCAGAAGGCCAGAGAUUAAUGCAAGAAAGAGAGGUCCCAGAAUAUCUUCACCAUGUUAGUAAACGUUUAGAAGAAGAAGGAGACAGAGUCAUAACAUAUUUAGACCAUAGCACACAGAAACCACUGAUUGCGUGCGUGGAGAAGCAGCUACUAGGCGAACACUUAUCAGCUAUUUUGCAAAAAGGGCUUGAUAACCUGCUCGAUGAAAAUAGAAUAUCAGAUUUGACCCAGACAUACCAGCUGUUCAGCCGGGUAAAAGGUGGACAGCAGAUCCUUUUGCAACACUGGAGUGAAUACAUCAAGAACUUUGGGACAACAAUAGUGGUUAAUCCUGAAAAAGACAAGGAUAUGGUGCAAGAGCUACUAGAUUUUAAGGAUAAAGUGGACCAUAUCAUAGAAGUGUGCUUUCAGAAAAAUGAAAAAUUUAUAAACUUGAUGAAGGAGUCCUUUGAAACAUUUAUCAACAAGAGACCAAAUAAGCCUGCAGAAUUGAUAGCAAAAUAUGUGGAUUCCAAGUUAAGAGCUGGUAAUAAAGAAGCAACAGAUGAAGAGCUGGAAAGAAUCCUUGACAAAAUCAUGAUCAUAUUUAGAUUCAUUCAUGGGAAAGAUGUUUUUGAGGCGUUUUAUAAGAAAGACUUGGCCAAAAGACUGCUGGUUGGAAAAAGUGCAUCAGUAGAUGCUGAGAAGUCCAUGUUGUCAAAGCUAAAACAUGAAUGUGGUGCUGCUUUUACCAGCAAACUGGAGGGCAUGUUCAAGGACAUGGAGCUGUCAAAAGAUGUCAUGGUACAGUUUAAGCAGUAUAUGCAGAACCAAAGUGACCCAGGAAAUAUAGACCUGACAGUAAAUAUAUUAACUAUGGGAUAUUGGCCAACUUACACACCUAUGGAAGUCCACUUAAAUUCAGAGAUGAUAAAGCUUCAAGAGGUAUUUAAAACGUUUUACCUGGGAAAACACAGUGGUCGAAAGCUUCAGUGGCAGACCACUCUAGGGCAUGCUGUCCUAAAGGCAGAAUUUAAGGAAGGGAAGAAAGAAUUUCAAGUAUCGCUCUUUCAGACAUUAGUGUUGCUUAUGUUUAAUGAAGGAGAUGAAUUCAGUUUUGAAGAAAUUAAAAUGGCCACUGGUAUAGAGGACAGUGAAUUAAGAAGAACCUUGCAGUCUUUAGCUUGUGGAAAAGCACGAGUAUUGAUUAAAAAUCCAAAGGGCAAGGAUGUAGAAGAUGGAGAUAAGUUCAUCUUCAAUGGUGAUUUCAAGCAUAAAUUGUUUAGAAUAAAGAUCAACCAAAUCCAAAUGAAAGAAACAGUUGAGGAACAGGUCAGCACAACUGAAAGAGUAUUUCAAGACAGGCAGUAUCAGAUUGAUGCUGCUAUUGUACGAAUAAUGAAGAUGAGAAAGACUCUUGGUCAUAAUCUUCUUGUUUCUGAAUUGUAUAAUCAACUGAAAUUUCCCGUAAAGCCUGGAGACUUGAAAAAGAGGAUUGAAUCUCUCAUUGACAGAGACUAUAUGGAGAGAGACAAAGACAACCCCAAUCAGUACCACUAUGUUGCAUAAUGGAGAAGAAGUACUUUUAUUUAAAA